AGUAAGCGACGCGACUCUACCGCGACUAGUCGCUAUGUCCUCGUCUCGUAUUUUGAAUUUUAAAUUGUAGCGAUCGCGUUCAUUGUGAAACAAACAAUGUUCCGUACGAAGUUUGUAUUCACUCAAUGAAACUAAAUUAAGACAGUGUUCAAUUUUUAUCAUGGAAUAACGCGGCUCCAACACAUUCUUUAAUAAAAUGAAAUUGAAACAUUACCCUGGAAAAGCGGUCAUGGAAGACCCGUGGCUUUCUAUUGGAGACAGAACUAUGGAUCUGGUUUAUGCGGCUAAUUGGGUAGGAGCAAAGAAUCUCAGUAAUUAUAAUGAAAAUGAUAGUAGUUCAGAAAAGGUAAAAUAUAAUUCGAUUUCAAGAAGUAAAUCUUGUAGAGACGUAGGUCACAACAAUAGUAAUAUAAACUACGAAGGCAAACUAUACUCGGAUGAUAGUGGGUGCUACUCAACCAAUGUUCCUAACGAAAACAUAUCACAAUUAGCCAAAUACCAACAAAAUAUAGAACAGAAAGCUCGCGCUAAUAAUAAUCUAAUUGCUCAAAGUAAACUGAAGCAUAGUUAUAGUUUUAAAGAUAUGCCGAACGGAUACAGACCUUCUACCCUAAAGCGAGUAAAACGGAGAAAUUUUACCGAAUGGGAUAUUGAUGCCUUUACCAGUAAUGGGAAACAAGCGCCUGUACCACCACAGCGUAAAGAUUCGCUUAAGUAUGCCCAUAGACAAAGAAAGGUAGAUUCAAAGAAAAAUUAUUACCCAUUACCGGACCCAGGCCCUGUGCCACCAGAUCCAUCAUCAGAAUCCUAUUAUGAGUAUUAUUCUAGAGUUAGUCAACAAAACAAUGACACUGAUAGUGAUAAAAUAAAACUGCAAAAAGAUAACAAAAAAGAUUUUGUUACUCCAAAUUCCCCCAAUGGAGAAUCCUUCAACGCUAACUCUGGAGGCUUUGGAAAAGGCGCAAUGUAUCAGAUAAUAAAUACAAUGGCGACAUUGGACUUAACACCUAUGAAAUCUAAAUUAGGGCAGCAAAGAGCGGUUGAAGAUUGCGAGCCGGAAGAUUUAGGUCUUUACAUGCGACCUAUUAAUGGGUCAUUAUCUACAUGCGAACAACUUCCGAACUGCACAACGCAACCAGUGAACGAACGAAACGGACGUAUUGAAGACGUUAAACCGAGUUUCCGUUCUAAAUCAUUAAGAGUAAAAAGUGAAGGAAGGGCCCCACUUUGGGCCUAUCUUGACUCUGUGCGACCCGAAAACUCGAGCAACGGUGUAACUGUGACCCAACCAAAAAGAAAUUUAUCUCCGAGUGAACAGCUGACAAUGAUGCAAUAUGACGUAUACAAUGGACAUCAUGUUUCACCCGCCAGCAACGGGUUAGCUUUGGCGGAUUCAGCAAAAGAAAGUGACUCUCGGACUACUAACGGUGUUACGAAACAAAUUAAACGUGAUAAGUAUGGCAAGUUGUACAAUACAGUGAGAGUGAAAAGUGAUGAUAGGUAUGAUAGGUACAAUGACAUUAUGUCUUUCGGUGUGUCGAAAGAUCGCAUCAGCGAGGAACGCGUGCCGAAUGGCAACAGUGUUUAUACAAGAAGUGCUAAAAGUUCAUCUAGUGGUUCGGAUUCUGAUUUUUCGAUACCCCGACCAAAGCUGAUUGUGCCAGUUCAUACAUACGGAACGAGAAAAAGAAGAACUGGAAACCUAUGUCAACGAGAUAGUAACGCUACGGAAUCCUCUUUAGAUGCGGGAAUAAUUUUAGAUGUUACCCGUUUAGAAGAAAAUAAUAAACCCGUUGAGAAGCAUCAUAGAAAUGAGGAACAAGAGGGUCGCGUGGAGGUGUCACGUGAGAACAAAUAUCUAAGCACAAUGGCUCCGGGCAAGGUGUUUGGUGAGCUGGCCAUACUUUACAACUGCAAGAGAACAGCCACUAUCAAGGCAGCCACCGAUUGCCGGCUCUGGGCCAUUGAACGCCAAUGCUUCCAAACUAUCAUGAUGAGGACUGGUCUUAUUCGGCAAGCCGAGUACACGGACUUCUUAAAGAGCGUGCCAAUCUUCAAGGACCUCCCAGAAGAUACGCUCAUUAAGAUCUCAGAUGUACUUGAAGAAACGCAUUACCAGAAUGGAGACUACAUCAUCAGACAAGGAGCUCGCGGUGACACCUUCUUUAUCAUAUCGAAAGGACAGGUUAAGGUGACCCAGAAACAACCGAACAGCAACGAUGAGAAAUUCAUCAGAACUCUCACGAAAGGCGAUUUCUUCGGCGAAAAAGCGCUGCAAGGGGAUGACCUCCGUACGGCAAACAUUAUCUGUGACUCACCAGAAGGCUGCACUUGCCUCGUCAUAGACCGCGAGACAUUCAACCAGUUGAUUUCCGCCCUAGACGAAAUCCGUACGAAGUAUAAGGAUGAAGGCGAAAGCAGGCAGAGAUUGAACGAGGAAUUCGCCAACUUACGCCUGUCAGAUUUAAGAAUAAUCGCCACUCUAGGUAUCGGUGGUUUCGGCCGAGUGGAACUGGUACAGAUACAAGGGGACUCCAGUCGAUCAUUUGCUCUAAAGCAGAUGAAGAAGGCCCAGAUCGUUGAAACGAGACAACAACAACACAUUAUGUCAGAGAAGGAGAUUAUGUCAGAGAUGAACUGUGAAUUUAUUGUAAAACUCUUCAAAACGUUUAAGGAUAGGAAAUAUUUAUAUAUGCUUAUGGAAACUUGUCUUGGCGGCGAAUUGUGGACGAUUUUAAGAGACAGAGGACAAUUUGACGAUGCCACAACUCGAUUUUAUACAGCCUGUGUUGUUGAAGCUUUCCAUUAUUUGCAUUCUAGAAAUAUAAUUUACAGGGAUCUCAAGCCAGAGAACUUACUGUUAGACUCGAAGGGCUAUGUUAAAUUAGUGGAUUUUGGUUUCUCUAAGAAACUACAAGCUAGCCGCAAGACAUGGACAUUUUGCGGUACGCCAGAGUACGUAGCGCCGGAAGUAAUCAUGAAUAGAGGUCACGACAUCAGCGCGGAUUAUUGGUCCUUAGGUGUACUCAUGUUUGAGCUCCUCACUGGUUCGCCACCGUUCACUGGUGCAGACCCUAUGAAGAUCUACAAUAAGAUACUGAAGGGAAUUGAUGCGGUUGAAUUCCCGCGAUGUAUCACGAGAAACGCUGCCAAUCUCAUCAAGAAACUUUGCCGUGACAACCCAGCAGAGCGGCUCGGUUACCAGCGAGGCGGCAUCACUGAGAUACAGAAGCACAAAUGGUUCGAUGGUUUCAAUUGGGAGGGCCUAGCGCAGCGUACUUUGGAUCCACCAAUUACUCCUGUAGUCAAUUCUGCUAUUGACACACACAACUUCGACCAAUAUCCUCCGGAUGCGGACGAACCACCACCCGAUGACCUAUCCGGGUGGGACGCCACCUUCUAGCCCGUCGAGUGAUCGAGACAACAGUCUUCUGAGAAUAAGAUAUUGUAUUACCUAUUGUUAGAUUAGAAGAGCUUGAGGUAUUACUGUGAAUAUUCCGACUGUUUUGCGUAGCGUUGGGAUUUAAAGUAUAAUCAAAGCGAACAAUAGUUUAAUUAUAAAUAUCAGAUUACAGAGAAUUUAGUUGGAAUUUGAAGACCAUUUUACUAUAUUUGACAAUUGAUAAUAUGAUUUAAAAUCAGCGUAGUUUUGUAUAUCGAGCGUAACAAAUUUGUCUAGCACUUCAGUAUGAUAUCAGGAAAUAUAACCCGUUAUUGAUAAAGUUACAAAUCAAGCUACGCUUGGAAAGUGUUUGGUUUAAAAUUUAAUGUAAAGUAUUAAAUAUACCAGCAUGUCCUUGUCAAUAUCUUUUAUCAGCCGUGAUAAAGGACAACACCCCUGAAGAAGGAGUGUAUUGCCAUUAGAUUAAUAACAAAAAAUAGUUGGUUGUACGCCCUCAUACCUUCUGUUAAAAAAUGCAAGGAGUUUUUAAUUUUUUUAACGAGAGUUACUAUGUAAUCGAAUAAUAAGCUGUUUACUUACUUUUCUAUGUACACAUAAAUAAGCAAGGAUAGUUAAUAUCAUAAUCUCAUGUAGAUAUCUAAAUCAUUUACAGAAUCUUAUUAUUAAUUAUGUUGUUAACAAAUAAGGCUUGCCACUUAUUUAUCAGAUUUUAAGAUUAUUCAUAUGUAAAUAGUUAACAAAUAAGAUUUAAUGGAUUUUAUAGACAGAAAUAUAACGAAUUAUUAACAAUUAUUUUUCUACCUAUAUACUUUGUUCGUUUAGCAAAUCUAAGCAAGUAAGAACAUUAACCAUUAUGCAAUUUAUCACGGGCAUAAACGAUAUUUUGUCGUUUUAUAUUAGCCGUACAAUAGCUUUCUCUAUUUUUUUUCCUGUUUUAAUACCAAAUUAAAGGUCUCAAAUAUAUUUUUAGGAAAAUAAUGUUUAACUUCUUUAAGUUUGUCAUAACUCACAUAAGUGUAUUAGUAUUACCACAAAUACACAAAAAGUCCAAUCGCAUAAUAAAGGAAGAUCCAUUUUAAACAUAAAACGAGUUAAUAUUGUUUUUGUCCAUAGAAAUAUUUUGUCGCUAAAAUCUUGCAAAUUGGUUUAGUAUAUAGUUAAUGUUUUAUGUUGGUGCCAACGUCUAGUAAAUACAUUGUAAUAUUUUAUUAUUUUUUAUUACCAUCGACUAAAUACGUAUCUAAUUCGUUGUAUGCGUUCGAUUAUCAUUAUUGCCAAUUGUUUUUGAACUGUUUAAAAUUAGUAUUAUAUCAGGGUAACUGCAAUGCCAAAACACUGUUACCAAUUAAUAUGAAUAAUGAAUUACUUAUUUGCCUGAAUCAAAUGAAUAUCGUUCAAUGUAUGGACUUUUUUUUAAAUAAUCCUUUGUCAUAAAACAGAAAAUGUCACUAUUAUUAGAACUUUUCUGUACAUAUUUUUAUACAUUGAUUUUGUAUCAUUCACAAGGUGCUCAACAGCAAGAUAUUUCAGAUCCAUUGCAUCUUAACAAUAUUUAUUGUGAUGGUAUUGAAGUAAAAUCCAAAAGUCCGCUACUUUUAGUUUUCUUAGUUUACUUUUUAGUGUUUCGUUUAGUUUUGUCAUGUACUAAACAGCUAAAGUUUCUAUAAACGGUAGCUAUCUCCAAAACAUGACAUAUUGUAUAAGACUUAACAUUUAUAACUAUGAAAUUUAAAGUUAGUCAGUUAAAUUGUAAGUAUAAUUGUAAAUAUUAUAAAUUUUAGACUGUUUCUGUUACUAAAAUGUUGCGGAUAAAUUAAGGUAAUGUGGCAAUGUGUUAAACAAUGUAUCAAAUGUAUUUUCUAAUAUGAUAGGAACAAUUUUUUUGUAAUCAUAGGUUAUUCAAUUGAAUAUUUAAUUGAUUUCGAAAAAUGUAAUUAAUACAUUAUUUCAAUCAU